AACAGCGCGCGCCGAAUCGCCAAUCCAUUCAGUUCCUUCCCGCAGACUCGCGCGAUCGAGUCUCUCUCCGUUAGCUCUCCACAGCAUCCGAUCGGCUUCUUUUCAUCUCUUGGCGCGCGAAGUAAAUCGAAACGAGUCCCUGUACUACAAUAUACUUAGGUAUACACGCUGUGUAUAUAUUUUUCAAAGAAAUAAAAAAAAAACAAACAAAAGUCGCUGGACCGCAUGUCACCGAGAUUUUACGCGAAUCGCGCGGCGAUGACGAGGCUGAUUGGCGGCGAGCUCUGCAAAGGAGGAACAACCGACAGGGGCCGCUUUUCCACUUCCGUUGCGCCGGACAAAUUGACAGUUAACGAUAAACAUCAGGAGACUAACGCCAAAUCGACCAAUAGCCACGGUGUUUGGAAAAUCGAUCCCAUCACUCAUAGGCUGCAUCAGCAGACGAACCACAACAACAACAACAACAAGAAAAACGACGUCGACAGCAAGUGUCAGUUCGAGCAGACGACCGCGUUUGAUCAGCAGCAGAAGACGAGCAUUGGCAUCAUCAGGAUGACGAACAGCAGCAAAAACUGCAUCGGCACCCUCGAGCGGGAUCAAUUGGGCCAGCGAGCCCCCGGCGAUACCACGACACCCGGGCUCGUUCGCGGCCUCGACCACGUCAGGAAUCCCCAGCUGAACAAGGGCAUGGCCUUCACGAUCGAGGAACGACAGACCCUCGGCAUCCACGGACUUUUGCCUGCGGCUGUUAAGACACAGGACGAACAGCUCCAGCUCUGCAGACUCAAUCUCGACAGAUACACCGACGAACUGUCCAAGUACAUCUACCUCACGGGCUUGCUCGAUCGCAACGAAAAGCUCUUUUAUCGGCUGCUGAGCGAGGACGUCGAAAAAAUGAUGCCCCUCGUGUACACGCCGACCGUGGGUCUGGCCUGCCAAAAGUUUGGCCUGAUCUACCGUAGGCCCCGGGGCCUCUUUAUCAGCAUCCACGACGCCGGUCACGUCUACGACGUCCUGAAGAACUGGCCCGAGCACGACGUCCGAGCCAUCGUCGUCACCGACGGCGAGCGCAUCUUGGGCCUCGGGGACCUUGGAGCCCAGGGCAUGGGCAUCCCCAUCGGGAAGCUAUCGCUCUAUACCGCGCUCGCUGGUAUCAAGCCCCACCAGUGUCUGCCCAUCACCUUGGACGUCGGUACCAAUAACCAGGCCUUUUUGGACGAUCCCCUGUACAUCGGCCAUCGCCACAAGCGCGUCACUGGCACCCAGUACGACGCCUUCGUCGAGGAGUUUAUGAGGGCGGCGGUCAAGCGCUACGGCCAGAGCACUCUCAUACAGUUCGAGGACUUUGGCAAUGCCAACGCCUUCAGGCUGCUCAACAAGUACCGGGACCAUUAUUGCACGUUCAACGACGACAUACAGGGCACUGCCUCGGUAGCGGUGGCCGGGCUCUUUGCUUCGCUCCGGCUCACCAAGACUCGUCUUUCCGACAACACGAUCGUCUUCCAGGGUGCGGGAGAGGCAGCUCUGGGUAUCGCUUGGCUUUGCGUCAUGGCGAUGCAGAAGGAUGGGGCCACGGAGGAGGAGGCCAAGAGAAAAAUUUGGAUGGUCGACUCGAAGGGACUGAUCGUAAAGAACCGGCCAAGCGGCGGCAUCACCGAGCACAAGGUUCAAUUUGCCCGAGACCACGCCCCGGUUGACACCUUGGAGGAGGUCGUCAAGAUCGCCAAGCCAAACGUCCUCAUAGGCGCAGCUGCAAUUGGAGGGGCUUUCACGAGAUCCAUCCUCGAGGAGAUGGCCAAGAAUAACGCCAAACCCGUCAUUUUCGCUCUCAGCAACCCUACCAGCAAGGCCGAGUGUACCGCCGAGCAGGCUUACACUGCCACCGAGGGACGCGCCAUUUUCGCGAGUGGCUCACCUUUCGAGCCUGUCACGUACGGCGGCAAGACUUUAUACCCGGGGCAGGGAAACAAUAGCUACAUCUUCCCUGGUAUAGCCCUCGGCGCCAUCUGCGCAGGCAUGAAAACGAUACCCGAAGAGACAUUCCUCCAGGCCGCUACCACCUUAGCCGAUCUCGUGACGGAAGAGGAUCUGGAAAAAGGUACACUGUAUCCACCGCUCAAGGACAUUCAAAAGUGCUCCAUCAAAAUCGCUGUCAAACUCAUGGACUACGCCUACACGCGAGCGCUUGCAACAGUUCAUCCAGAGCCAGACAACUACGAGGAUUUCAUCAAAGCUCAGCUGUACGACACAAGUUAUACACCGUCAAUACCUAGCGUAUAUCCCUGGCCGAAAAUGUAGUCUCUCUUCUUCCCACUUGAAACAAACAAAUUAAUAAUUUUCGCAUA